AUGUCUGACCAAAGCACCAACAAAGCCGUCGUUCCGCAAAAGGAUCCCGCCGUCAAGAACCUGGACGAGAGCCCCGAUCAAAGAGUGGGCAGGUUUAACAGCCGACAAGAAGCUAGGAAGCGCCGGUUCAGCGAACGCGCCGAGGAGGCCCAUGGAGAGCCUGGCUCAGCCAAUGGCUCUCUCGAGCUCGCCAAGGUUCCGCGCAUGGAGAACAAAUCGUUUUCGCAAAUCUCCAAGCUGAUACACCGUACUGGAGAGCAUGCUCGCAACGUCUUUGACCUGAACCUUGCAGGAAAUAUGGGCUUCAUGGCGUCGAUGAAUCGCAAACCCCUCACCAAGGAGGAAAUAAGGGCCCGCUCGAAUGCGAAGCGACUUGGGACGGACGAAAUCUUUGCUGCCGUGGGCAAUGGCAAUGCGGCUCUGCCCGCUAUUGAGGCUGCUCCUCAGCCCGUUGCUGGUGAGCAAGCAGCUCGCCAGAAUUCUGGCAAUGACCAGAAUGGUAUUCAGGCUGGUCGUCAGGCUGGCAACUCUUUUGGCCACAGUUUCGGUCGUGGUCGUGGUCUUGUUCGUGGCCGUGGUCUUGUUCGUGGCCGUGGUCUUGUUCGUGGCCGUGGUCUUGUUCGUGGCCGUGGUCUUGUUCGUGGUCGUGGUCGUGUUCGUGGUAACGGUGGUGAUGGCGAGUUUGAACGCGGUUUCACGAGCGGUUUUGCCCGUGGUUACGAUCAGGGCUUUGCCCGCGGCCUUGCCUUUGGCUCUUCAAACAAUCAGUCCGGAAAUGGCUCAGCCUCGGUCAAUGUCUCGCACGAGUCGCACGGCGACAGCAGAAGCCACCAAGAUGAACCCGAGGCCGAAAAGGAGGAUGCCGAGAAGAAGAAGCAGGCCGACAGAGAGGCUCAGAUGGGAGGAUUUAUCAAGAUAUUCGAUUAA